CUGUUGCAGAGACAUCAAUAAAAAGAAGGGCACGGGCUGUGGCCAGAUAACGUGGCCCUUUUAUUAGGAUAUACACAAAUUUCUCCAAGCACUGCCUAUGAAUGAUGACAGCCUGCUGCAUGACAGUGUCUGCAACAGCAGCAGCACAGUGGAACAGCUCAUCACGAGCAUGGAAUAUGGAAAUGAGUUUGGCAGCGACGAGGAGGACGCCUCGGUGGGUGAUGCGGCCCUUGUAGACGCCGAAGCUCUGUCGUCAACACAGGGCUCGGCCACCGCCAGUGAAAACCCGUCGCCUCUGGUGUCCAUGUCCGACAGCGAGGGCUCGCAAGCGCUAACACCACCAGCAGCUCGCAAGAGAGCCGAAAGACAGGCCCUGAAGAAACGGCAGCCCUCCCAGCAGUUGCUGUUGACGCAAGUUGUCUAGGAGCAGCGGCAGCUUCGUCUCAGUUUGGAGAAAUCAAAAGAAAAGGAGCUUCGCAUGCGCGAGCGGCAAUUGAAGCUCGAUGAAGCUGCUGCCGAGCGGGAAGAACGCUUG